AUGUCGUCUUUAAGAGACCUUGGAAACGAGCAUUUCAAAGCGGGCAAGUAUAAGGAGGCUGAACAUCUGUAUACACAAGCGAUCGCAGAACAUUCACGCGCAGACCCCAAAGUCUUUUCCAACCGAUCGCUCACGCGCAUCAAACUCCAAGACUGGGCAAAUGCAGAGUCAGACGCAAGAAAAGCCAUUGAGCUCUAUGGGCCCAAGGGUAAAGCGGCAGCAAUGAAAUCACACUACUAUCUCGCGCAGUCACUCUUACCACAGCGACACACGGCCGAGGCGCUCGUGCAGGCCAAAUACGCGUACUCGCUGUGUCUUGAGAGCAGAGACUCAAGCGCCGAAUUGAUCAGCCAGUUCAUUCUCCGGGCCAAGCAGGCGGCGUGGCAGGCCAGGGAGUCAACGCGGCUCAGGGAGAUGAAUGAGACGUUGGCGCUGGUGGAGGAUCUGUUGGAGCAGCAGCUACGAAGGGAUCUCGCGGCUGUGGAGGAGAGAUUUCGCAGUGGCGAGCUGGGCGAGACGGGAAGGAAUGAGGAGCGCGACGAGUUGGAACAGGAGGCGAAGCAACGGAGGGAGAAUAUUCGCAGAGCGUUUGAAGAUCCUGAUAAACCGGAUACGGCUGAGCGGGUUGUCCCGGACUGGCUUAUCGAUCCCAUCACGUUCGAAAUCAUGCACGACCCUGUCAUCACCACUACCGGCGUGUCAUUCGAGCGUGUCGGCUUGCUCAAGCACAUCAAAGCUGCUGGCUGUGAUCCUAUUACGCGACUUCCACUCUCCAUCGACCAGUUGGUACCCAAUGUCGGACUAAAGAACGCGGCUUCGGAAUUCUUGGAUAAGAACGGCUGGGCUGUCGAUUGGUGA